AUGGCGGCCUCCUUGCUGAAGGUUGCAGCGACAAAUCUGACAAAGUGUGUUCGCCACACUUUGCCCUCAGUAAGAGCAAUGUCAUCAUCUGUACCCCUUCGUCAGGGGGUCCCGGGGUCCGUGUGGAAUCUGGGUAAACUGAAUCACGUAGCGAUAGCUGUUCCGGACUUGGAGAAAGCCACAGCUCUGUACCGCGAUGUGCUCGGGGCCAAAGUGAGCGAAACUGUGCCCCUCCCAGAACACGGUGUCUACACCGUGUUUGUGGAGCUGGGCAACACUAAGCUGGAGCUUCUCCAUCCAUUGGGAGAAAAGAGCCCCAUAUCUGGUUUCCUUCAGAAGAACAAAUCCGGGGGCAUGCAUCACAUUUGCAUCGAGGUGGAUGAUAUCAAUGCAGCGAUAGUUGAUUUAAAGGCCAGAAAAAUCAGAACUCUCUCUCCAGAACCACGGAUAGGGGCACAUGGGAAACCUGUGAUGUUUCUUCACCCUAAAGAUUGUGAUGGUGUUCUUGUGGAGCUGGAGCAGGCCUAGAAUUCCAGGAUGCCGUGAAUGGUAGACCCUCACCAAGGAGUGAUUCCACUGUCAGUGACAUCAGAGAAGACUGACAUCCUUCAGAUAUACUGAAGGUGGAGGGCCCAGAACAAUAUUUGCUAGUUUUAUCCUGUGCAUUAUUAGUUAUGUAUAGUAUUCAUGUAAUUAUGCGCUGAUGGAUUUUUUUGCCUCAUAAAUGAUCACAAUUCCUACUUCAUUCUUCUGUAAAUAAAUAAAAUGUUUUUGUGGCCUUUACAACAAAAACAUAGAUGUAUUCAUUUUGUGGUGUGAAGGA